CAAAUUAUUCUAAAAGUUUAUUUUUAUAGAAAAAGGGUUAUGAAAUAGCAAAAAGUGUCAAAAUAGAACAAAAUGUCUGGAUUACUGCCGUUUGAUAAAUUUCGGCAUUUUUUUGGAGCUAUUAAACAAGCUGGUGGAUUUAGAGGUGCUUUAUAUAAAUUAUAUAGGCAAGAUGAUUUAAAAGCUGGUAAUCUUGUUGGAAAAGAUAAAUAUGGUAAUCAUUAUUAUGAGAAUAACCACUUCUUCUAUGGGCGUAAUCGUUGGAUUGAAUAUGCCGAUCAUUAUAACUUAGAUUACGAUGCAUCUCAAGUACCAGCUGAAUGGUAUGGUUGGCUUCAUUAUAAAACAGAUUUACCACCCCAUAAGGAUCCAACAAGACCAAAAUAUAAAUGGAUGUCUGAUCACGUAGAAAAUUUAACUGGACAACCAGGACAAUAUAUACCAUAUUCUACUGUUCCUGAAAAAGUUCAAGCAUGGGAUCCAAACAAUCCCAAAGGAAAUUAGGAAUUUGUUUCAAAUUUGUAGAAAUAUAUUAAAAU